UCUGGAGACGUGAGGGAGGUUAGGUUGCGCCGCGUCGGGUGGUGCCGUGGUGGUUGUUGCCGGGCGGAGCCGCCGCCUCUGACUGAAAACUCCUCGCCCUCGGCUCGGCCAGGCUCCGCGGCCCGGCCAUGGAGUCCUACGAUAUCAUCGCCAACCAGCCUGUGGUCAUCGACAACGGUUCAGGAGUGGUCAAGGCUGGCUUUGCUGGAGAUCAGAUCCCAAAAUACUGUUUUCCCAACUAUGUGGGCCGUCCAAAGCAUGUGCGGGUUAUGGCUGGUGCACUCGAAGGCGAUCUUUUCAUUGGACCUAAAGCAGAGGAACACAGAGGGUUGUUAUCCAUCCGGUACCCCAUGGAACAUGGCAUCGUUCGAGACUGGAACGACAUGGAGAGGAUCUGGCAGUAUGUUUACUCCAAAGAUCAGCUGCAGACGUUCUCAGAAGAGCAUCCCGUUCUCCUGACAGAAGCCCCUCUAAAUCCCAGCAAAAACAGGGAGAAGGCUGCUGAGGUGUUCUUUGAGACCUUCAAUGUUCCUGCUCUCUUCAUUUCCAUGCAAGCCGUCCUCAGCCUUUAUGCCACAGGUCGCACUACAGGCGUGGUGCUGGAUGCAGGGGAUGGAGUGACACACGCGGUGCCCAUCUACGAGGGCUUUGCCAUGCCCCAUUCCAUCAUGCGGGUGGACAUCGCUGGGCGGGAUGUCUCCCGCUACCUCCGCCUAUUGCUACGGAAAGAGGGCUAUGACUUCCACACCUCGGCUGAGUUUGAAGUGGUCAAGACAAUAAAGGAGAGAGCUUGCUACCUGUCCAUCAACCCUCAAAAGGAUGAGGCCUUGGAGACAGAGAAGGUGCAGUACACACUGCCUGAUGGAAGCACUUUAGAUGUUGGUCCAUCGCGGUUCCGAGCCCCUGAGCUGCUCUUCCAGCCGGACCUCAUAGGAGAUGAAAGCGAAGGAAUCCAUGAAGUGCUGGCAUUUGCCAUUCAGAAAUCUGACAUGGACUUGAGGCGAACGCUGUUUGGGAACAUUGUCCUAUCUGGGGGAUCAACACUCUUUAAAGGUUUUGGGGACCGGCUGCUCAGUGAAGUGAAGAAACUGGCUCCAAAGGAUGUCAAAAUCAAGAUCUCUGCUCCUCAAGAGAGAUUAUAUUCCACGUGGAUUGGCGGCUCUAUCUUGGCCUCCCUUGACACAUUCAAGAAAAUGUGGGUGUCCAAGAAGGAGUACGAAGAGGACGGCUCCCGGGCCAUUCACCGGAAGACCUUCUAGGGCAGGGGUCGGUGGCAGCGGCAAAGCGGCAGCGGUGGCAGCAGCAGCUGGUGUCUGUGGGCGACUCAUUUGGGUCUUGUCUUUUCUCUCUUAACCCUUUUUGGUCCAGGACUGCUUCUCCCUCCAUCAUUCCUUCCCUGCUGGUUGGGGCCUCUUCCUGCUUUCCUCCGGGGCCUCGCAGUUUCCUGUCUUAGUGCCCUGUCCAAUGCAUGUUGCUACCACACGCACACCCCCUUAGGAGGGAAGUGUGUAUAUAUUUUGAGGCCUUGGUUGCGGUGGUGGAAGGCAGCAGCGGCCCCAGCCAGAAAGGGAACUCCAACCUCCAUUCUGCCUUCUUCCGAUCGGUUCCAUAGUGAGGCUGCUGCUGUGACCCGGUCCUUGUCGUGCCUCUACACGGGUCGGGAGGCUACUUUCCUCGGAGGAAGCUGCCGUGUGCCUCCAUCUGCUCUGCAGGAAGCAGCAAAGGUCUGUGUGCUUUUUGAGGUUUAUGGAGGAAAUCUUGAACACUCACAUCUUGUCUCGUUGCCCCUUCCCUGUCCCCCAAAAAGAGCAAAGCCUGGUGCAACUGCAUGGCCCCUUAAAGCACCAAGGAGGACCGUAACGCCUCCAAAUGCUAUUGCCCUUCUUCCAUUACUCAGGGCUCUAAAUCCUCCUGGAUUUUGGUGAAGCCUAUAAGACAGGCCCUGCUUCUCAUGUACGGUCGGUGCCAAGCCGUUCCAGGGAGGAAUGAGCAAAUGUUGCUCCCAUUAGUUCCUCCGGGAGGCACUUUCUCUCCUUCUCCCAAUCCAAAGUAAAUUGGUGAAGGACAGGAUUAUACAAGGCAGUUUUCAGGAUCUCUGAAUAGGAGAGGCGUACCUAGGUUCAGCUGGGGAAACAGAGCAGGACAGGUUUUUUAAAAACUUCCUCCAGCUUCUCCCAUUUCAGGAGAGCAGUGUUUACAUGUCAUCCAGAACUUCUGGAUUGGAGGAAGGCAGGCUCCUGUUACUUUACACUGGAUGAGGCAGGAGUAGCAGUUUGGGUUUUAGGACCCUCUUUCUUCACCUGUUUUCUCUGGAUCUGCUCCAUCAUGGAAUGAAAGUUGGCUAAGUGAGAGCAGACUUGGAUGGUUGCAUCUAAGGGGUGUUUGGAAGAGUGGGCGAAAGCUCUGCCUCCCCAGUGCUUUCUCCCGUUUUGGCUCUUGUAGAAAUGGUGUGGGCUGAGCAUUAAAUGCCCAGUUUAGCUCUUCUUUCCUUGUUUGACAAGGGAUUUUCCCUGGCAACCGGCCCUCUUCUUGGACUGGCCUUCUGUCCAACCCCUUUCCUCUCCAUCUCCCCUCUGAGGCGGUGUCUCCCUUUGUUUACACUCAACUCUGGAAAUAAAAAACAUUGUCCCAGGCUCCAUAUUCCAUCGCUGGGUACAAAUUCCCCUUUAAAGAAGAAAAUAAGGUUCAGCGGUCUUUGGUAGACAGUGAGGACAAACCCAAGCAAGAUGGUUUCGAAGUCCAUCUGGGGUCUUUACGGCACCCAAUGAACACAGCAGCUGAGAGUCUGGAAGACCUCUGUUCUUCAUUCCCUCCUCACUCCAGACAUUUUUUGCAGAGAUGGUGGUCUCAACCUUGGACUGGAAAGGGUUAAUUUUUUUAAUGGAAAACUCUUAAUUUAAAAGGAACCCCCUGCUGGGGAGUAAGGCUUGUGUGGUUCCACUCCCCCAAAGCGUGUAUGUAUAUUGGCUUCUCCCAUGUUAUCCACCUUCAGUGAUCUAUACCAAACGGAGGCAAGACCACCCCCCUCCCCUGCAGAAAAAAGGAACCACCUCUCUGGGCUGCAAUGUACAAUAAUUUAACACAGUUGCCUGUAUUUUUAUUUUGUAAAUUCAUUAUAGUAAUAAUUAUAAAUUAACAGCCAGUG